UGAGCCAGUCAGGAGGAAUUUGAGGUACUAAUGCCACUCUCAGGAGGAGGAAUUUGUGUGAUUCUGGUAAACAGCUGACGGCUCUCUUUGCAAGCUCUGCCCUCCUCCUCGUCUCUCUCUCCUUCCCUCCUUUUGGUUUCUGCGGUAUAUUCUCUGUGUUGAACUGAAUGAACUAACAAUCCACAGACCACUUUGAUAUCCCACUGAUCAAUCAUGCCUUUGGUGAACUUGCUUGGGUCAAAGCGGAGACUGGUGCUGAGCGCUCUCCUUAUUUGUGCCGUAAUCUUCGAGUUAGAUGCCCAAGAACAGAGGACCACUCCAGAGAGGAAGCCCAAGCCAAGCAAACCCAAACUUGGGAAAUCAACAAAUAAAGGCCCCCGAGCUGUAACAGCCAAACCCAAGAUCAAAGCCACACCUGCAGCCCCAGCACAGACCUUCCUCACGCAGGUGCUAAACAAAGGGAAGUUUAAAAAGGUGGGAGAGACCAUAAGUGUGCAGACAGGAGACACUCUGGAGCUGAGGUGCAGGGGCAAACCAGUGCAGUGGAGCAUCCCCUCUUACCUGGAGGAGGAUGAUGAUGGAAGGCUCAGGAUCGUCCAACACGAGCGAUACAGCGUGUUGACAUUAGUCAACACUACUGGCGCAGACACAGGAGAGUACACUUGUUAUCCUAUGUACUGUGAAGACACAGACUGCAGGAAGGAGUAUGACAAAGCUGUCAAAGUCUUCGUCUUCUUUCGCGACCCACAAGAACUAUUUGUCCCGUCGUCUGACUACUACGAAGUGAUUCAGCUGAGAACCAACUGGCCGACGGUCCUCCCCUGCCAGGUGACGUCACCUGAGGCUAAAGUAACUCUGCACCGCGAGUUUCCACCAGUGGAGGUGGCAGUGGACGGGACGGAGAUCUCCUUUAACGUGAAGAAGGGCUUCACCAUUCAUCGACCCCGGCCUUAUCACGCCGGAGCCUUGUACUGCGUAGCCAGUCUGGGCAACCUGAGGCAGAGUUCCACCAAGUACAUGCUCAUCUAUGUUAACUACCCCAUGGCCCCUCCUGCUCCAGUAAUCCAGGCCUCCUCAAGUUCAGUGACUGUGGGGGAGAAUCUACGUGUCAGCUGCUCCGUGGUGGGAGAACAGGACGUGGUCGUAGAGUUCACCUGGGAUUACCCAGGACAGCAGAUUGGAAGGCCUCUGUACACACAAGAGAGCAUCAGCCCAGUGGGUGGAGGGACGGUUCGACAGCAGUCUCAGUCUGUCCUCCUGGUGGAAGAGGUGAGGGACGUGGACCAGGGAACUUACACCUGCACCGCCCAGAACCUGCAAGGAGCCACAUCAGCGUCCACAACCGUUAAAGUGGUCCCUAAAGCCAAACCUAAGAAACCAUAAAGCAUCAAAACUGAAUAAUAUCACCAUAUUGCUUUCUCUCACAGUAUUAAACAGUAUUUUAUCAGUCACAUAUGAACAUAUAAUUACAAUAAAUCAUCUCAUCCUGUUGCUAUUAGUAAUGAACACACACUGCAGCAUUACAAUGACAACUUGAGAUUGUGUUGUUUAAAUGAAUGUAUGUAAAUUGUUGUGCAUUAAGCUUGUACGUUUUAUAUACUGACACUGUUGCUCUGUCUUUUUCUACUUAUUUCUCCCUGCCAAACAUAAAGGCAUAGAAAAUAAAUAAAAUGAAAUAAACAAUAAAACAUGA